AUCGACCUCACAGCUCAGCUCACACUCGUCACCCGCAUCGCGCCGCUCGAGCUCGCGUCAUCAGCUAGCUAGCUAGCCAUGGCGUCCUCCGAGGCCGCUGCGCCGCCCGCGCGGCGCGUGGUGGACGAGUGCCGGGGCGUGCUGUUCGUGUACAACGACGGCACCGUGGAGCGGCGCGCGGCGCCGGGGUUCGCGACGCCCGUGCGCGACGACGGGUCCGUGGAGUGGAAGGACGCGGCGUUCGACGCGGCGCGCGGGCUGGGGCUCCGGCUCUACCGGCCCCGGGACUGGGAGCGGCGGGGGCGGCUGCCGGUCUUCUUCUACUACCACGGCGGCGGCUUCUGCAUCGGCUCCCGCGCCUGGCCCAACUGCCAGAAUUACUGCCUCCGCCUCGCCGCGGACCUCGGCGCGCUCGUCGUGGCCCCGGACUACCGCCUCGCGCCGGAGCACCGCCUCCCCGCCGCCAUCGACGACGGCGCGGCGGCGGUCCUGUGGCUCGCGGUGCAGGCGCGGGGCGGCGGCGACCCGUGGAUCGCCGAGUCCGCGGACCUCGCCCGCGUGUUCGUCUCGGGCGACUCCGCCGGCGGCACCAUCGCGCACCACCUCGCCGUGCGGUUCGGCUCCCCGGCCGGGCGCGCGGAGCUCGCGCCCGCCGCCGUCCGCGGCUACGUCCAGCUCAUGCCCUUCUUCGGCGGCGCCGAGCGCACGCGGUCGGAGGCCGAGUGCCCCGACGACGCGUUCCUCAACCGGCCCCUCAACGACCGGUACUGGCGCCUGUCGCUGCCGGAGGGCGCCACGGCGGACCACCCCGUCGCGAACCCGUUCGGGCCCGGCGCGCCGCCGCUGGAGGCCGUGGAGAUGGCGCCGACGGUGGUCGUCGUCGGGGGCCGCGACAUCCUCCACGACCGCGCCGUGGACUACGCGGCGAGGCUCAAGGCCAUGGGCAAGCCCGUGGAGGUGCGGGACUUCGAGGGGCAGCAGCACGGCUUCUUCACCAUCGACCCCUGGUCCGACGCCUCCGGCGAGCUCAUGCGCGUCAUCAAGCGGUUCGUCGACUCGGACGGCCGGUUCGACGACUGAACCGGCGGCGCAUCAUUAUGAUUGGGUCAUCUAUUUCCCGGGUUUAUAAUACAAUAAUUUAAUUUGUAUUUUCAUAUUAGGGGAGCUGAAUCUUCGAGAAUCGUGGUGGAAAAUUCACGCAAAAACAACAUAUUUUGAUCGGAGUCGAGCUCUACCGUCAAUCUAGAGAGACAAAAAUGGUUGUCUGCUAGCUUGCAUUUGUAGCAUGCAUCUGGUGAAUGUUAGUGGUGGUUCGGGAGUCAAAAUCAAUGUGGUUUGGGCACAAUUGCCAUUGCUUUGUAUUAAUAUUAUUUUUUACAUUUCUCUCUAUCUCUUUCGCACAA